AUGACGGACGCAACCGACGCUCAGCCAACCCUCGCCAUGCGCGAGGGUAGCACGUCGUGGAAGGCAUACAUUCGCACCAUCCUUUACUGCUUCAUUGUCUCCUUCGCCACGCUGCAGUACGGUCUUGAUAUCUCCAUAAUCAAUGCCGCCCAGGCCCUCAAGGGUUUCCUCAAGGUCUUUGGCUACCCGGACCGCAACGCACCCAACGGCUAUGGCAUAGAGCCUUCGUUCCAGCAGUCCAUCACCAGUAUAAUGAACGUGGGUGUCAUUGUCGGUUCCUUCACGCUCGAGUUCUUCACCCACCGCCUGGGCCGCAGAAAGAACUUUAUUGUGGGCUCUGUGACGGGAAUUGGCGCCAACCUCAUUCUUGUCUUGUCUACCAACAAGAGCGCCAUCAUCUUUGGCCGCUUCCUGUUCGGUGUCUCCAACGGUCUCUUCAUCGGAUUCACCAGCAUUUACAUCUCCGAGGCGGCCCCGCUGCAUCUCCGAGGUGCCCUAGUCACUUUCGUCCAGGUCGAGGCCGAGCGCCGCCGGACCAUGCUGACCAUGGCUGCUGGUACCAUGCACGGCGCGUCUGGUUUCCCGUUCAUCUCCAGCUACAGUACCUACUUCUUCCAAAUCUCGGGCUCGCAGAGACCGUUCAUCGACUCCAUCAUCGUCACCACCAUGUCCCUUGUCGGAGCCUUCUCUGGUGUCUUCCUGAACCGCUUCGUCGGGCGUCGUCACGUUCUGCUAUCUGGAUUCGGUAUCCAGGCCAUUCUCAUGUUUGUCAUCGCGACUGUUUGGACCGUGGACCCUGGUACCGUUUCUACCGGCAAGACGAUCGUGGCUAUGGUUGUGAUUUUCCAGGCUGUUUAUGCUGCUAUUGUCGGCCCGACCUCAUGGAUCGUCGCCAGUGAGAUCCCGAACAAUCGUCUGCGUGCCAUGACCUUCGGUUUCGGUAACGGUAUUGGCUUUAUCGCCUAUUUCUUGAUUGCCUUCACCACGCCUUACUUUAUCAACCCCGAAUCUCUGAACAUUGGUCCCAAGGUUGGUUUCAUAUGGCUGGGAUCCAACUUGAUCGCAUUCACCUUCGUCUUCUUCUGCAUUCCGGAAACUCAUCGCCGCUCCCUCGAGAACAUCGACGAGAUGUUCUACAACAAGGUCCCCACUCGCAAGUUCAAGAGCUACCAGUGCACUGGCGUUGUUCAACGGCACGAGAAGCUCAGCGAGAAGGCUCUUGACAUAGAGACCGACGCCGGCACCACCACCCAGCUGGGGGAGCAGCCGGCUCGCAAGGAUUAA